UGUCAAAAAUACCAAGUUGUUUCGAAAACAGUGUUUGGGUUAGCAUCAUUUAUCUCGUAGAAAAAAAUCGUAUUUUAAUUCAAAUAGUUGUUGAAUUCGAUUCUAGUAAUGGAAAGCGAAAACUGUUCCUUCGACUAUUGUAGCAAUAAACGGCGUAGGAACAGAAAAUUGUUCACACUCUUCAGCUUUCCAAGAGAAGGGUUUGUGUUGAAAAGAUGGCUGGAGUUCUUCAACGAACACAACCCAACAAAACUAGACAAAAAGUGGGUUCUGCUCAAUAAACCAAAACUUUGUCACUUGCACUUCACACAGGAACAAAUGGUAACUAAGGCAAACAAAGAUCGCAUUCUACUACGGAAUCAGGUGCCCUGUUGCCCUCCCGGAGUCAUAGACAAAAAGCAUGCCAACAAUAUACUGAAACGAACACAGAAUAUCAUCAAAAAUUUCCAAUCAGGAUCUUCUAUUAAACAAUAUAAACUAUCUGCAGUCGAUCCUAUAACGCAAGAAAAAAUAGUCGAAAAAAACUGUCCUUUGUAUCACUCUAUUUCUGGUUACAUGAUUGAUCUACGAGUAGCAGCACAACAAGAAACGUUUCGCCUACCGAAUGGGAAGCUGAUUCAGGUGAAGCGACAACCUAAAAAGGGCUGCUCCUUGCGAGCUCCGUCGAAAUCACCGAUAGAAACUGAAAGCACAGAAUCAAGUCAACCGGCAGUGUCGAUGUCCGAAACGACAGCGCAAGCAACCGAAAACCCUUCAGUUCAAAACCCUGACAACUCGACGUUCACUCGAAAUCAAUCCUUCAAAACUUACACCAACAAAAGAAUAUGUAACCAAUCGCCAGAAACGGCAGAAAAUGUUCGGUCAAUUGAUCUUUAUGACAACCACCCACCACAAGAUGAAACACAACACACCGAAACUCUAACAUCGCAAGCUACAGAACAGCCAACGUUGACUGCAAGACAGUCACCGAACAUUUCACAGCAGUCAGGCACUGCAUCAGAAAGCUAUUAUCAAAUCACAGAAACAGUAGCGAUUCCGCAAAUAACUCCACCCGUGCUUACCUCUAUUCAGUACCUGUUUCACAAGCAACACGAAGACACUACAUUCGGAAACUUCCAGAAAAAAUUCGAAAAUCAAUUGAUCUCUGCGGCUGAAGUCUCGCUCCAUAUAGUUUCCAAAGUAAAUAGUCUGCUAAACUCAAAUCCAUACAAAAAUGCUGCAACCGAACGGGAUUUGAAAGAUCUGUAUGUACACCUAUCGUACAUCCUGAAAUACGCUAUCGAUCGCUUCAGUGGUUUAGAGGAAAGCUGCGCCAAAGAUAUCAAAAGCAUGGGUUUCACAGAUCAAUCGGACCUGGGUCCAAUAUUGGAGAGCAAAACUAGCGAUGAGGAUGAUGAUAAGAGUGAGCAACAUGAAACAAUGGCGGAUGACGAUGAUGAUUGUGCUAUCAUCGAACAGCGAACAGAUUUAAUCGAAAUUCUCUCAGAUGAUGAAGGCAUGGAAAAUAUGGAAGAAAAUGAACAGCAUACUGAAAAAAGUGACAAGGAAAUACUUUCAGUCACCAGCCCACCACCAUCACGUGUUGCCCGAAAAAGUUCCAACACGGAAAGCGUUGCUGAUUGUACGAGCGAAGCAGAGCAUGAAGAACAAGCUACUAAAGAACACCGGACGAAGAAACAGAUUAGGGAGUCACCAGAAAAUGAAGUUCAAUCGGAUCAGCAGCCGGAACCCGUGUCGGAGAAAAUAGAAAUGGUUGUGCAACACGAAAUUCAGGAAACCGUGGAAAUCACAGAUGUAGUGGAAACAUUCUACUACGAGCAAGCGGAAAACGAAGACGAAAUCAUAGCAAUGGAAGUACAAGAAGAAUCAUCCAGCAAUAGUGAGGGUCAGGGGGAAUGUAAAGAAAGCGAAAAUGAAGAAGAAGAACUUAUUGAAAUCAUCGAGUCAGAAGAGGACUUAGAUCUGGAUGAAAGCCAUGACUAUAAGAUAGUAGAUGUCAUCGAUGAUGGAUUUUAUGUAAUAACACACGAGUAAAAUGUUAUUAUUUGUUUUAA